UUUUAUUUCGACCUACGUGACUUUACCGAAAAGAAAGUAUUAUUAUAUUAUUUUAUUUCUACCUACGUGACUUUAAAAUAAAAUAUUAUAUUAUUUUAUUUCACGUAGGUAGAAAUAAAGUACUAUUUUAUUUAUAAUAAUACAGUAUAAUAAUAUAUUAUUUUAUUUCUACCUACGUGAUUUUACCGAAAAUAAAGUAUUAUUAUUUUAUUUCUAAUAUAAUAUUUUUUUUUUCUAAUAAUAUAAUAAUCUUUUAUUUCUAAUAAUAUAAUUUUUUUAUUUCUACCUACGUGACUUUACCGAAAGAACCAACGAGUAAGGAAGGAAGGAAGGGACCUUACUGAAGAGACGAGAGGUAGGAGGAGGAGGAGAGGGGGGGUAGGACCACGAGGUGUGUGCAGAGGGAGGAGCGAGCGAGUGAGUGAGCGCAGCCGUCGUCUCUCGAGGACGGUACAGUGCUGCGAGACGGAUACAUCGACUGGUUAGUAGUAUAACACAAGAGAGAUAACAAACAUAAGGAGAGAGAGACAGAUCAAGAGAGAGAUAAACAACACGAGUGUGGCUCAAUCCCCCAGCGUCUUCACGAGUUGAAGCUUUGCGCAGUCAAUUGAAGCGCUGCUUUGCUACACGCGCCGAGAGUAAUCGGCACAUGCGUGAGAGACACGGGGCGAAUGAUUAGUAUUGUAGCGUAGUGUAUAAAGUUAAUAUCUUGUUAGUAAAGUGGUGUGAGAUAUCCGUGUCGUCUGUGGAAGAGCUGCCAGCGAUGGCAUCCGUCAGCUCGACUCAAGCCAGCGAAGGCAAUGACGACGUAUUCAGCGGUGAUGGCGGAGGCGGAACGGACGGCACCUUGGCAAACGAGGUCCUGCGCCAGCUGCCGAGCUACCGCACCAUGACGAUGACGCUGCGGGUUGCCCGGCGCGCCAGCGCGCGUACGUUGGCGCGCAGACGCAGCACCUCCCGCGCCCGCGGAGCCUCGCUGGCCUCGGAGCUCACGGCCGGCGACGGGACCGACUCGGCGCCCAACGCCGCCGGCGUGGCGCAGGCCGCCCCGGCACCCGUGCGAGACAUCACCGUGUGCAUGGCCGCCAAGAGGGUGGAGCGGACCCGGAGGAAGGACAGCUCGGCGCAGCUGACCACGUGGCAGGGUUGGAAGCGCAGUCAGUGGAAGAGCCUCAAGCGCCUCAACACUUCGGUCAAGUCCUGGCUCAAGGGCCUAGUGCUCUGGAGGUCCUCAAUCCACCAGAUUGAGGGAAAGUUCGGCACGGGGAUCCAGGCCUACUUCUCCUUUCUGAGGUUCCUCGUCGUGCUCAACGCCGUCAUCUUCCUUCUCAUGCUCUGCUUCGUCACGGUGCCAGCGAUCGUCGGGCAGCAUGUCGCCCACCCCUCCUCCUCCUCGGCCACCACCGCCCUGGCCUCCACCAACGACACAUCGGACAUGAACAGAAACGCAAACAGUAACGCGAACGUCUCUGCAGAAGCACAGCGGACGAUCAAUCCUGUUUGUGCAAAAUAUGACCCGACAAACAGCGGGCUGGUGCACUACUACCAUCGCAUCCUGGAUCUGCUCUCUGGCACGGGAUUCCUGGAGCCCACCAGCCUUUUCUACGGGUUCUACGGCACGGGCUCGUACGACCUGCCAGCGGACGUGCGCUACAACCUCCCGCUCGCCUACCUGCUCACGACGCUCGCCUACCUCGUGCUCAGCCUCGUGUGGAUCGUCAAGAGGUCGGCCGAGGGCUUCAAGCACAGCCUGGUGCAGACGGAGGAGCGCUUCUGCAACUACUGCAACAAGGUGUUUAGCGGCUGGGACUUCUGCAUCAGCGACCCUGACGCCGCCGCCCUCAAGCAGAGCAGCAUCAGCUUCGAGCUGCAGGCCGACCUGGAGGAGGAGAAGAUCCGGAGCAACAUCCGCGGGCGCAGCGCGAUGGAGCGUCUGCGCAUCUACUCGCUGCGCGUGCUUCUCAACGUGGUUGUUCUCGGCCUGCUGGCAGCCUCCUUCUACAGCAUCUACGUGGCCACCAUCGACUCGCAGGCGCUGCUCAUGCAGCAUGCGGCAACGGAACAGAAGAGCCGGUUCAUCGUGAGCCUCGUCGUCGAGUACCUGCCAUCGAUCGUCAUCACAGCCGCCAACUUCCUCAUGCCCGUGCUCUUUGAGGUCAUCAUCACGUUCGAGGACUACACGCCCGACUUCGAGAUCAAGCUCCUGCUCAUCCGGACGGUGUUCCUGAAACUCGCCAGCAUCGCAGUGCUGCUCGUCUCCCUCUGGAUCCAGAUCGUGCGCUGCGACGGAGUCGUGUGUGAGCCGUGCGGAUACAACCACAAGACAUACCCCUGUUGGGAGAACCGCGUGGGCCAGGAGAUGUACAAGCUGACCAUCUUCGACUUCAUCAUCUUUGUGGCCAUGGUCCUGUUCAUUGAGUUCCCACGCAAGAUCAUCGUGACCUACUGCCCGUUCAAGAUCGUCCAGCUGGUGGGCACGCAGGAGUUCUCCAUCCCGCAGAACGUGCUCUCCAUCGUCUACUCACAGACCAUUUGCUGGAUCGGUGCCUUUUUCUCCCCGCUCAUCCCCCUCAUCGCCAUGAUCAAGUACAUCAUCUUCUUCUACCUGAAGAAGCUGAGUCUCUUUGAGAACUGCCUCCCCUCUGUGCGCCCGUUCCGCGCCUCCAGCUCCAACUUCUUCUUCCUGCUCGUGCUGCUCUUGGGCCUGGUGCUGGCGGCAGUGCCCGUCGGCUACAGCGUCGCCAGCAUGGCCCCGUCGCAGUCGUGCGGGCCGUUCCGUGGGGCGGUCCGCGUCUGGGACGUGGUGCCCGCAUCCAUGCGGUCGCUGCCACCCGCGGCGCAGAAGCUGCUCAACGUGCUCAGCUCGGAGGCGUUCGCCGUGCCCCUCUUCAUCCUCAUCUGCCUUGUGUUGUUCUACCUCAUCGCGCUGGCGGGCGCGCACAAGCGAGUGAUCCACCAGCUGAGGGAACAGCUGGCCAUGGAGGCCAAGGACAAGCAGUUCCUGAUAACGAAGCUGAUGGAGAUGCAGUCGAGUGGCCCCUCGGAGUCGGAGAAGAGGCGCGCCUCCGUGAGGGAGAGGGCCAGCCGAGCGGCGCGCGGCGGCGGCCGGGCGGACGACCCGACACGGCCGCCGCUUCCCGGCGCCGUCUGCUGAGGCCGGCGACGCAUCGGCGUUGCGAGAUCGUCUGUCGCGACGGCGAGUUGCGACGUGCGAGGAGUACGACGACGACGACGGCAGCGGCGGCUGAGCCACGGGGAGGGCGAUGACGCGGACGAGCGGCAGCCGCUUGUCGCAGAUGUUCGCGGUUCGAGCCCGGCAGCCGCAAUCCGCCCCCCCCACACCGGUCAAUGCUGGCGGUGUACAAUCGAGCGUAAAUGCCCCGAAGCGCCGGCAGCUUCACGUUGGACGUUGAAAGAUUCCGUGACGUCGUUUGACAAGAGGGUACGCCGCGGUGUACCGGCGUCACGGGCGACGUUUGCAAUCUUUUUUUAUUUUUUACAAGAGACUCGCAACCCACCUGGCACACCAGUGGUCACCUGCUGACCGCUGCUGCAGUGGCAGUGUGCUGCACACAGGGUCAGCUGUCACCAGGGGUCCCCUGUGGCAGGGCACCCCGAGAUGUGCCCCAUGGGAGGCGCAGUAUGAAUAUUAGGUGACGGUGAUGCUGAGGGAGGAGAGACCCCCCCCCCCCCCCCGUGGGUUGUGUGGUAGAGAGAGCGUGGCGUGGAGUGGUUCGACCACCGUCCUGUGAUCCUGGCGACCCGAGUUCGAUUCCAGGCCACGCACAAAGCUUGGCGACAAAUCGAGGUAUGUCCUGGGACAAUGUGAUACCCCACGUAAUCUAAUUCAUUCUGCAGCCUUCUGCGAGUGGAGAUGAUACCAUAGGAGGUGGACUGGGUUAGUCUUCCAGCGAAACUAGCAUGGGGUACCGUAAGUCAAAAGAAGUCAGUGACUUUCUGCCAGACUAAGCAUUGAAGUGGUGCUCACCUUCUUGUUUACAUCCCCGUGCCAGUGGUGGAAAUUCCACGUACCUACGACGCAGUUUUGUGUAUUUAUAGAAUGACCAAUGUUGACUUCCCACAAAGUGGCACUCAUUUGAUCGACUCUGGACAGAUGAUGUGCCCGAGUCAACACCCAAGCAGGAUUUAAACUGGGAACCUUCCAAUCGUGAGCCGCUUGCUCCACCGCUGAGCCAUCCAGCCUGGUUAUCUUAAAUAAAUAAGAAUACAUAUCCACGUGGGUUAUCAAGCUGUUGUCCAGGGUCACCACCCCCUUAAUUCAUGACUGAAGCUGGGUUAGGGCACAGUUUUGCAUUAACUGCAAGUUCUAUUUAUUUAUAUGUGCCUGCCUAUCUGACUUGUUAUUUUUAUUCUUCAGUCGAAGUCUAUUGUUGUCGCUGGUUUUUAUCACGGUGUUAUAUACACGUAAAUAUAUAUACCGUUAACUGUGACCGGUGAGAUUGUGGACUUAUUGUCACGUGCAGUGAUCACAGCCAGGAACCUGGAUGAUCGCGAGUUCGUUCCGAGCAGCAGUCUCCAUCACUGUAGGUAGUUGGGUACAAACAUUUUGGCCAAAAUGGUAUUUAAGUCUGUUUAUUUCUAAAGGUUUGUACUGUGUUAGUGUCUGUAUUCUUAUUACUACUACUACGUUACUUCACCCAGGAAAGCCUCGCUGAGUCUUGAGACUCUUUUUCAGGAGGGUCCUGCCAAGGCUCCGCACAUUAAGGGGCGACGGUCGCUGCUGCCGUUUGCAGUCCGUCGCUGACCGUUCCGGCGACGGGAUAUUUCGAUGCACAGCGUCGCCACAACGCCGCGCCCGCUACCGAGCCAGUAGCAUCCAGUAGUUGUAGCCACAGCUGCAGCAUUUGAGCUUGAAAGUUGGGGGGGGGGGGGUGGGGCGAUCUGUGCAGUCCCUUCUCUGUAGUGUAACCGAUGACCACCAGGUACCGGGACCGGUGGUCAUUGGUGAGUUAACGACACAUUUAUCUUUACGCGGUCUAACCCCCCCCCCAAAAAAAACUACUUUAUUACGAAUGAAUAUUGGUCGCGAAAGCCUACGCGUUAAACUCGGCGGGUCCCAUUCGCAAGUAGCCCCUCACCCCACCCUCCCCCUUCCCCCCGGCAACCUCUUCCCCUGCUGCUGAGCAAUGUGAAUCGAACGGGGAACCGGGUUUCGCUUUCCGCGUGCAAUUUCAUCUCGCGAAGCCAUGGGGGGCCCGUGGGAUCGGAUCGCUGGAUUCUGAGCCGAGUUUGGUGGCUUGCCGCAGCGAGCAAACCUCUUUGGUGGCCAACUUGAGACAGAACGAAGCUGCUACAGCGGUGUUAACGGCCAGCAGCGUGCCGGACUUGCAAUCCAGAGGUUGGAUUUUUAUCUCCCGGCUCGGCAGUUGAGCCAAGGGUGCGAGAUUCUGAAAUCCACCACCCCAUUCCACCUUUGUUCACCCAGCGGUAGAAAUUGCUACACUGUAUUUAGUUAAUUCGUAGGGGUGCGUGUGGUGGGGUAAACUGUGGGUACUUCCACGACUUCCAAGACGCCACCUUGCCAAUGCGGGUGAAUAGCCAAAAAGACCUCGCUCGCAGUGGAGGCUCUAGCUGCGAGCAGUAGUGUGAGCAAGGAGUUAGGGGGCUGCACCUCUGGCCUGCUGUCUUACGAGGGUGGCCUGGGUUUCAGCAGUGUCUAUGGAAGGAAAACCAAAAAAUAGUAUUUCGUGUGUAAGCAAGCUUAGGUCAAUAUUGUGAACUCUUUUUUAGUAUUUUACAUGAAUUGUAAACAUGCAUGACACGCGCGCGUAGUACGUGGUGAGCUUUUAUUUUUUUAACGCCGCUCGCUUUACUCAGUACUUGGGGGAAUCGCGUGGCUUUGUGGUUUUUAGCUUUGUAAAGCAGGCGACGGAAAGCAUCUCGUUUUACAGUAAAAACUAAUUUUGUAAAAAAUUUAUAGCAGUUUUACAUGAAAUAGUUUUAUAAGAAUAGCAUGUUUAAUAAAAAGGUCUUUGUUUUUAAAAAAAAUGUAGUCGUGACAAUAGUUUUGCGAGAUUUGUUUUGUUUAAUUAAUUGUUUUAAACAUGAACGUAAUCCUGCAAUAAAUACCGGACU